CGCGCUCUCGACAUUGCACCUGGUUCCCCACCGUCAGCGUCAUCGUUGGAUCUGCGGCUGGCGCUAUCUCUCCGCCGCGCACGUAAUAUCCCGUUCCCGUCGCCUAAGUUAACUGGCGCUGGAAGGCCAAACGCGAGUCACAAGAACAGCACGCAAAUACUCAGCGUAGGCCAACCGGGCCUUUCGAUGAGUCCAUUUGCCAGAUAGUGGCCAGAUAAACAGACGCCUUGCACGGCCACCCUUACGCUUCCCAUUUGCUCGGUGGCUUCGUUAUUUAGCAAGUUCCUUCUGCUUAUCAUUCUUGGGCCACUCCUUUUGGAAGCGGUUUUGAUCCGUGGCUGCCUAGCAUUAUUACCACCGUGAAUAUUUCGAUUAUUAUUAUUGCGCAUGAUUAUCCCCGCUAUAAUAUUUUCCCAACCGAAAAGAUAGAUAUAUGUACAGUUAAGAAUGAAUAAUCAACCUCAUUCCUCCUAUCCGACCCUCCAACAGCAUCCGAUGGCUGUGAUCUCUCCCGCAGGCUAUCCGAUGCAGCAUCCCUCCCCGGCUCAUAUUCAAGCUCAAGCGCAAGCGCAGGCUCAUGUCCACGCUCAGGCGCAGGCUCAUGCUCAAGCACAGGCUCAAGCGCGUGCUCAGGGUCUACCCUACUAUGCAAGUCCGAAUCAGUAUCCUCCCCAAUCAAGAGCGCCACAGAUCCACCAUCAGCCUGUACAGCAUGGUGGUGGCUACGGCCCCGUUCCACUGCAUGCUGGUGCAUCAAGCAUGAUGAUGUCUCCUGGCAUUCCCCAUCAUUCGUCUGGUCUUAGUCCCAUGCCUCACCCAUCAAAUUUCUCGAAUCCUCAAUAUAUGCAAUCAAUCCCAGCUACCGUGGCGCAAUCCCCCAUUCCUCAAUCGCCGUCCCCCCAGAGUGUAGUUUCUCUGUCGCAAAGCCAACCACAAGCAAUGGCUACUGUUACCUCAUCAAACCCUGUGUUUUCCACUCCUCCCCGUCCGUCUCAGACCUCAAACCACCAGGCGCAGGCGCAGCAGCAGCACCAACAACUACAACAACAAACACACUCCCCAGUUUCCGCGCUCUCUCCGCAGCAGGCUGCUCGUGAAAAGGCCCGUGUGGCCGUUCUUCUCGAUAUCAAUUCAGCGCUGCUACAGGAAGUGGUGAACCUUCAAGCCUCAGGCAAGGCGGGCGUAACACCCGCCCAGCCCGCUGCACAGCAAUCGUCAUCCGUUAAAGAGAGCAGUACAAUCUCACCAACUUCUCCUACCGACAUUUCGGGUUCACAAUCGCAGAACCCUGGCAGCAGCGCAGAUGGACCUAAACCUCCCUCUGGUCCCACCAACAAACCCAGCAUUGAAUAUAUCGACUGCAUGCGACGCCUCCAGGCGAACUUGGCGUACCUUGCUACUGUUGCGGAUCGCGCGAAGAAAUCAGGAGCCGCCGCUCCACAGGCUCCCGCAAUUAUGACUCCACCUCCAAGUCUCCCCGGUGUUACGGAUUUAUAUACCAAACUGAGUGAACUAUUUCCUGGGGCGUCAAAAUCAGGUGGCGUGCCGCCGUCUACGCCUCAGCAACAGCAACAUCACCAGCAACGAAACCUAACAGGAAAUUUUAUGUCGCCACAAGGGAAUGGCACUCCAGUUCGUAACUCACCGGCGGAAACGAUGGGUUGA